UUUCUAAGCCACUAGAAACUGGAAAUGCAUAAACUCCAGAAAAUUAAUCCUCGCACAACUCUUCAUUUUCCAUUUGUGCAGUGUAUCAGAUGAACAGCAUAACUCCCUCUUCUUGCAACACUUUGUUGUUUAAAUCCUCAACAAAUCCCCUUUUUCCGCCAUUAAAACCCAUGUUCCUUUUCCCGCCAAAACCACCACUUUCCCUCUCCUCCUUCGUCUUCCUCCCCAAACUCCCAUCUCCCAAAUUUCACCCCAGAAUUCUUGCCGGGUACCCCAGAAAUUUUCUGGGUAUUGUUUCUUGUUGCCAAAACCCACAGAAUUCGGGUUGCCCGGCUUCUGAUGACGAGUCCCAAUUGGAGUUGGAUCGGUUGGUGUCGCUGCUGCCGGAGGAGAUGCGGUGUCGAUUACGGCAGCACCCGGAGUUAGAUAAGUUGAUGGAAGUGGUAAUGGAUUUGGGUCGGAACCCAAUAGCCCGGUUUCCUUCAGGCGAUUUUGAGUUGUCGGAUUGUCCUAUUACAUUUCAGGACCUUGAGUUUGCUACUUCUCAGGUCGGUGAUUUUGCAGUUGACAACCGAGCAGGAAUCAGCCGCACUUUACAUCGGAUCAGUGCUGUCAGGAACAGGAAAAAUGCAAUUAUUGGCCUGACCUGUCGUGUAGGCAGGGCUAUAACUGGAAGUGCUGAUUUGUUGAGAGACUUGGUGAAAGAUGGAGCUUCAUUGUUACUCAUUGGGCCUCCAGGAGUUGGGAAAACUACCAUUAUUAGAGAAGUAGCUCGCAUGCUUGCUGAUGAUUAUCAGAAACGUGUGAUGAUUGUUGACACUUCAAAUGAGAUUGGCGGGGAUGGUGAUAUACCACAUGCUGGAAUUGGAAGUGCUCGACGUAUGCAAGUACCAAACGCAGAUAUGCAACACAUGGUAUUGAUAGAAGCAGUAGAAAAUCAUAUGCCUCAGGCGAUUGUAAUCGAUGAGAUUGGAACAAAACUCGAAGCGAUGGCUGCCAGUACGAUUGCUCAGCGUGGAAUACAGCUAGUCGCUACAGCUCAUGGAAUCACCAUUGAGAACUUGAUCAAGAACCCUGCACUGGAUAUGCUUGUCGGAGGAAUACAAAGCGUAACUCUGGGUGAUGAAGAGGCAAGUCGGAGGCGUGUUCAGAAAACGGUUCUGGAGAGAAAAGGACCUCCAACUUUCCAUUGUGCUGUAGAGAUAAUUUCAAAAACAGAGUUGCGAGUGCACCGAAGCUUAGGAGCAACAGUUGAUGCCAUACUUGCAGGCCGAUGCCCAGACUUUGAUGUACGGAAGGUGAAUCUUCAUGGAGUGCAAGGAACUGAAGAAAGUGAACCAUUUGUGUCCCAAAUCAAUGGCAGAAAUGUACAAGUUGAACCUGAAAAUUUUCUGCCUGAAGCUGUAGAAAAUGCUGAAAAUAAUAGUCUUCUGAGGUCUUCUUCACCUUCUGAAAAGAUUUCUGAUGAUGUGAGACCCCUUCGUAUAUUUGUCUAUGGGAUCUUGGAGGCAACUGUGAUGCAAGGGGUCAAAAAGUUGAAUUUGGAUGAUGAAGUUGAGUUGACUGAUAAUUUUAGCGAAGCAGAUGUACUACUAGCUCUGCAAUCCAAGCUUAAGAAGAAUCUGGGGAUCCAAGCUACUGCCAAAUCUCAUGGCAAACUUGUAUAUGCGACCAAGACCAGCUCUUUGGUCCAAGUAACUAAGGCACUUCGCUCAUUAGUGAACGACUAUGACUAUGAGUAUGAGGACAUAUCAAAGGCUUUUGAACCAGAAGAUGGUCUAAAUACUUCAGAAAAGAUCGAUGCCCUUGAGGAAGCAAGAAUCGCUAUUGAGCAAAAUGUUAUCCUCAAAGGGGAGCCUGUGGAGUUAUUGCCCAGGCCUCCCCACAUCUUGUCCCUUCAAGUGGACCUUGCACAAAAAUAUCAGCUGCAGUCAGAGAUCGUAGGUCAGGGGGCAGAAUCACGCCUCCGUAUAAUUCCUUUUUAUGCAAAUGCUUUUGGGAAACAGGACACAGAGGCAGCUGAUGCUGACCAUGCUGCAACCACCACUGAUGAAGUCAUGGACAUCAUUGACAAUGCAAAUGGCUCACCAUACUCUCUUGAUAGAUUACCUAUACUGCCAGACUAUCCAUUAAGCUGACGAGAAAUGACAUUCUUGAGUGCAACACAAGCUGAUUUGAAUCUUAUUCGUGAGACUCCCAAGCUGUAUAAUUUGUAAAAAAAAAAAAAAAAAAAGAAGUCUCUCCUAUCUGUAUAAUUUUUUUCUCUUGUUGUUCCCUUUAUCAUUCUGACUUCUCAUAUAAUUGAGCAGUUACCAAUGUUGACGGUCUGUUUCAGAUGAAUUUUCUUUUAUUUGUGA